GGCGUCCGCAGCGUCCUGAAUCCCUGACCUUCCCCACCCACCCACUCCGCUGUCCUCCCCUUCCUCCGUUCCUCGGCAGAUCCGCCGCCGCCCCGUGCCGUGCCCCAUGGGCCAGUGCCCCUCCGUCCCGCGCCGCCGCAAGCCCCCGCCCCUGCCUCCGUCCCCCGCGCUCUCCGCGCCGCCGCAGGUCCUCUGCUCCAUCGCCGAGGCCGCCGGGGAGGACCACACCGCCGACCUCCCCGAGGAGCUGCUCGCCCUCGUCUUCGGUCUCCUCGGCUCCGGCGACCGCAAGCGCUGCUCCCUCGUGUGCCGCCGCUGGCUAGCCGUAGAGGCCGCCUCCCGCCUCCGCCUCGCGCUCGACGCCAGGGCACCUCUGCUCGCCGACUCCGCCCUCCCCCGCCUCCUCGCGCGCUUCCCCGCCGUCUCCAAGCUUGCGCUAAAGUGCGACCGCCGCGCUGAGAGCGUGGGCGACCCGGCCCUCGCGCAAGUUGCCGACCGCCUCGGCCCGGGCCUUCGGCGCCUCAAACUCCGCUCCCUGCGCGCGGUCACCGACGAUGGGGUCGCUGCGCUCGCCGCCGCGGCCGCUAAUCUCCGCAAGCUCUCCGUCGGCUCCUGUGCCUUCGGAGCAAAGGGAAUCGAGGCUGUCCUCCGCUCCUGCCUCCACCUCGAGGAGCUGUCCGUCAAGCGCCUCCGUGGCCUCGCUGAGUCAGAGCCCGUUUCCGUCUCCGGCCCGCGCCUCCAAUCUCUUUCGCUCAAGGAGCUCUACAACGGCCAGUGCUUCUCCUAUUUGAUCACCCAGUCGCCCAACCUCAAAACCCUCAAGAUUAUCAGAUGCUCGGGUGACUGGGACAUCGUGCUCCAGGACGUCCCGAGGGAUUCCCUCCUAGCUGAGCUCCACCUUGAGAAGCUGCAGGUCAGCGACCGGGGUGUAGCCGCCUUAAUUGGGCUCGAGGUACUCUACCUUGCCAAGGCACCUGAGGUCACUGAUGUUGGAUUAGCCGAGCUUGCUGCCAAGUCGCCAUGCCUCCGCAAGCUGCAUGUUGAUGGAUGGAAAGCAAACAGGAUUGGUGACCGGGGGCUUGCUGCCGUUGCACAGAAAUGUGCCAGCUUGCAGGAACUGGUCCUCAUUGGUGUGAAUUUGACAUCAUCCAGUCUUGAAUUGAUUGCUGCCAACUGUUCCUCCUUAGAGCGGCUUGCGUUGUGUGGGUCAGACACGUUUGGUGAUGCGGAGAUCUCAUGUGUUGCUGCCAAAUGUGCUGCAUUGCGUAAGCUGUGCAUCAAGGCAUGUCCAGUGUCUGAUGCGGGGAUGAAUAAGCUUGCUGAAGGCUGCCCACGCCUUGUCAAGGUUAAGGUGAAGAAGUGCCGCCGGGUGACCUUCGAGUGUGCUGAGCGCCUCCGGGCUAGCAGGAAUGGAACUCUCACUGUGAAUUUUGACACUCCUGGUGGAGCUGGUGAGUUGCAGGAUGGUCGGAGUGUGGAUGAGAGUGGUGUGUUAGACAAUGCUGGGAGUGAUGUGCUGCCAGAGGAUUUGGAUGAUCGGAUAGUACCAGAGCUUUUGAGUGGAAGCAGUGGCAGGCCGUCAAGAUGGAAAGCACGGAUGGGUUCUUUGAUAUCGAGGAGCUUGUCUGUUUCCAUAUUCCGAAGGCAACCACGUGGUGGCUGCUCUACAAGUCAUGAGUCAUGAAAAUUGGAUGCCAUGGUUGCUCCUUGAGCCCCUUAAAUUCUUUUAUAUGUGUGUUAAAUUAAUUGGUGCUGUUAUUUGUUGUAUUACUGUUUGUCGUUCUGGAUGGUACCAUGCUGUCUAUUCUUAUUUCGGUUAAAGAAUUUAGUUUGUAUUGCUAGACUUUUCGGUUGGAGGAUACUUAUUGUUGAUUUUCGUCCUAAUUGUAGGGAUUCAUGCAAUUGCAUGAUGUGAUCUUCUGAGAAACAAUUGUUUGGUUUGAAAAGUAUAAUAUGUAAACAAGGCCAUGAGGUCAUCAUUUCAAAGUGUGUGGAUGUUACUGUCCAUUGUUGAAAACAUUUACAUAUAACAUAAAUACCAGUAUGCUUACAUAUCAA